AUGGACGAUACUAUGUCAGAAUGUGUGAUCAUGGAUCAAGAAAAACAGAUUCAUGUUCAUGGUCUUGAAUAUCAAUCAACACCAAGCACAAAUCUACAUAAAACCAAACAGGUUUCUGAAGCAGCAACGGAAAAUCUAAAUGUAUUAUCACAACAUAUAACACCAAUGAAAAAAAUGGUUGCCGCCUGUUUUGGGGCUUUGUUGACUUCUCUCUUUACAACACCAUUUGAUGUCGUUAAAACUCGGCUUCAAUCCCAAAGUCUUUAUAAAGGUUAUUCGUCAUCAGUCACACCGUGUUGUCAUGGAAUAUUCUUUUCACCACAAAAUAUGCAUCGAGAAUUUUAUUGUCGAAUUGAUCCACACGUACCAAACCAAGCUUCUGCGUUUAGUUGUGCUGCAACAAUAAAUCCCAAUCAAUUUGCUGCAAAAAAUCAACUUAAUGAACUUAAUGGAUCAUUAGAUGGCGUCGUUAAAAUUGUUCGUAACGAAGGAAUCGCAUCAUUAUGGAGAGGACUUUCACCAGCGCUUAUAAUGUCUGUUCCAGUAACAGUAAUAUAUUUUGUAGGUUAUGAUCAUUUAAGAGAUACAUUAUGGAAACAUUGGAAAGGAAAAUAUUCAGAGACAUAUUCUCCUUUAUUAGCCGGAGCUAUAGCGAGAACACUCGCCGUAACUUCGGUAUCCCCAUUAGAAUUAUUCCGAACCAGAAUGCAAGGACCUGAAGGUGCUAAUGGUUUAAAAGGAGUAAUGAAUGGUGUCCAGAAAAUGGUUAAAUUAAAUGGGGUAUCAUCAUUAUGGCGUGGUUUGGAACCUACACUUUUACGUGACGUACCCUUUUCAGCCAUUUAUUGGACUGGUUAUGAAAUUAUGAAAAGAAACUUAGGAAAUUAUUUACGAAAAAAUAAUCUUGAAGGAACUGUGAAUAACUUUGAAAUAGCUUUCAUAUGCGGUGCUACAUCUGGAAUGGUCGCCGCCACAGUUACUACUCCUUUUGAUGUCGCAAAAACUGUUCGACAGGUUACUGUUGAAAAACCCAAUAUGAUCAAAAUUAUGAAAACAAUACUUCAAAAAGAAGGAUAUCGAGGUUUAUUCAAAGGUGGAUCAUUACGAACAAUUAAAGUCGCUGUAAAUAUUGAUUCAAUAAAAAGUGUUACUUUGCCCAAAGCCACUAAAACCGGAACUACGAUUGCUGGAAUUAUUUUCAAGGAUGGUGUUAUUUUAGGUGCAGAUACUAGGGCAACCGGAGGAUCAAUCGUGCAAGAUAAAGAUAUUUUUAAAAUUAGUUACAUUGCCCCAAAUAUAUACUGUGGUGGAGCAGGUACAGCUGCCGAUACCAUAUUCACAACCGAUUUAAUUAGUUCACAAUUAGAAUUGCAUCGAUUAACUACUGGAAGACAAUCUCGAGUUGAUUCUGCAGAGACAAUGCUUACACAAUUGCUUUUCAAACAUCGAGGUUAUAUCGGUGCAGCAUUAAUACUUGGUGGUUAUGAUAUAAAAGGACCGCGAUUGUUUCAUAUAUAUCCUCACGGAAGUUCGGAAAAGUUACCCUAUGUAACUAUGGGCAGUGGUUCCUUAGCAGCAAUUUCUGUUCUCGAAAAUGGGUGGACAAAGAAUCUUGAGCGUCAAGAAGCCAUUGAUCUUGUCAAAGAUGCUAUCGAAGCUGGUAUCUUCAAUGAUCUUGGCUCUGGAUCCAAUGUUGAUUUGGUUGUAAUUGAGAAAGAUAAAGUAGAAAUUUUGAGAGAAUAUUCUAAACCUACUCAACGUCCUCAAAAACAUUAUAGCUAUAAGUAUAAACGGGGAACUACAGCUAUUCUUAAGGAGUCCAUUAGAGAUUUAGUUGUCGUUACAGAUGGCGAAGCAAUGGAUAUCUCAUAA